AUGAAGGCCUUGGGCGCCGUGCAAAAGAGAAACAGCUCGACCGACUCCGCUUCUACCAAACGAGAAGCCAAAUCUUACUUAUCUCGCUUCAAAGCCAGCCCUUCCAAGGCAAAUCCAAAACCAGAGGCAGUAAACAAAUCCUCAGAGAAGUCAGGAGAAGAAUCACUGGCCUCCGGUGUGAAUCUCGGCUCCUUCUACGGUGCGAACAGAGCUGUAUAUGACAGCCCGGUUUUCCGUCAGAACACAACACCGGCUCCACGAGGGCAAGAGCCUUCAGAGAAGCUUCACCUGGCGUUGAUCAAGAUUACCACACCGCAGUCCUUAGAUGAUACAGUUGUUGAUGGUGUGGCUAAGACCUUGUCGCAGCUUGUCCGUCUGGGGAUGGCUUGCUGCGUGGUUGUUGACCCCGGGAAUACGGAUUCUCCUGCCGCAGUGCGGCAAAUCGCCAUUGAGCAGGCUAACCGGAUUUCGGCAGCUGUUGAUGCACAGCCAGACUCUAAGUCAUUUCGCUUGGACUCAGCACUAUCUCUGUCUGAGAAAACGCCUGGUGACCCCACAGUCACGACUCGGAAAGGACUUCUCAGUCCGCUUUGGGAUGGACAUGUUGUGAUUGUCACACCAAUUGCAUAUAUGGAAGAGAAUCCUCGAGCUGUUUCAGUCUCUGCAAAUGACACCGUCAUGGCGCUGACCAAGGAAUUUGCCGGUCUAUCUACCCACCCAGACCCAGAUGAAGAUCCUACUGUAACCGCAGAGCGAAUCAAUAAUUUGCAAAAAGAGGUCUCCCUCGACCGCCUCAUUCUUCUCCAUCCUCUUGGGGGCAUUCCAGCCUUCAGUGGACCCCAAGAAUCUCAUGUAUUCAUCAAUAUGGAGCAAGAAUUUGAUGAAAUCGAGGAAGAGCUCCUCGAAACCCGAAACAUCCUUUCUGGUAAAAUCAAGAGCACAAUGAGCGCUAAGGAUGCAGGACCGGCAUCUGCUAUUUUGGAAAGCAACCCCUUCUCCAAAUUCGUCAAUCAGGAGGUGGCAUCACCCCUUCCAGGACAGUCAGAACAACUGCCUGGCUCCAAAGCAAUGGGCUAUGUGCUUGAUGGCCAUUUGGAGAAUCUUCGCUUGUCCCGACAAGCACUGGCCAUGCUGCCGUCGGCCUCUUCGUCCAUCAUCACCUCUCCUCAAGAAGUCGCCCACUCUGCCCGCCCCCCGCAAACCUCUACUCCAGAUGUAUCCGCCGUUGGAACCCGACGCCAGCGCAAUCCCCUCAUCCACAAUCUCCUCACUGACAAGCCUCUUCUCUCAUCCUCACUGCCGCCGGGGCGUCGCGGCCCUGCCAAUGGCAAGGCCAGUGCCAUCAGUUCACUUCCGCCCCAUUCCACCUUUGUCAAGCGGGGUAUGCCGCUGACCAUCCUGCCGAACCCGCACAUCCAGGUUUGGACAGCCACUGGGCAGCCCCGUCUGCAGCUGAAUGACCCUUCCAUCGACCUCCCGCGACUCGUGCACCUGAUUGAAGACUCCUUCGACCGUAAACUCGAUGUACAGAACUAUCUCGAGCGAGUCAAUGACCGGAUAGCUGGUCUUAUCGUCGCCGGUGAGUAUGAAGGCGGGGCAAUCCUCACAUGGGAAUCGCCGCCCGGAGUCGUCGAUGACGGCAGCGAAGCCAGCGCCGCCCGCAUGGUGCCGUAUCUCGACAAAUUCGCCGUCCUAAAGCGGAGCCAAGGCGCCGGAGGUGUUGCCGAUAUUGUCUUUAAUGCGAUGGUGCGCACUUGCUUCCCCGGUGGGGUCUGCUGGCGCAGCCGCAAGGACAAUCCAGUCAACAAGUGGUAUUUCGAGCGUUCGAGCGGCACUUGGAAGCUCGCUGAUAGUAACUGGACUAUGUUUUGGACUACGCCCGGCUUGGUUGAGGACUCGCAGCGGUUCAGGGACUAUGAAGCCGUUUGUCGGGCUAUUCAACCCAGCUGGGCUGACAACAAAAGUGUAAUUGAUUGA